AUGAAUGGAUUCAUCCCACCAAUGCAUUACUCUAAUCUCAGUACAACUCAAAAUGUUGGUAACUAUGGUGAUCACGAUGUAAAGAAUGAAUGCAAGGAACAGCCUCCAGAAAUAAAGACAUGUGAUCCUAAAAGCAAUAUGAACUACGCUGUGAAUGAUAGGCCUUUGCUAACUGAUAAACCAACUCCGUCUUCGAAUGUCCACUCGUUCAAUGAAAUCCCUACAGGAUCAUGGCCAAAACUUUUCCCUUACCCGAUGUCAGAAUCUCUAAUGACGAGUGCGUUUCAACCCAACGAUAUCCCGAUGCUAACGGAGAAACUGUCAAAAAAGCAAAUGGGGAUGGAAAUUCCAAGUUGCACGUGUUUUCCACCGAAUCAAGUACCGCCUGAGCCAGGUACUUACUAUACGCAUUUGGGAUGUGCAAACGAUCUGAAGAGUUUGAGAUACGAUCUGGAAUGUCGUACUGGAGUACUUGGAAAGGCAAUUAGAAUUGAAAAGAUCAAAUAUACUGGCAAGGAAGGAAAAACUGCACAAGGAUGUCCUAUUGCGAAAUGGGUAAGUAUGGUCGUAUUUUGUAUUGAUUGA